AGCGGGGGGAGCGGGGAGGAGGGGGCUCGGCCGCCGCCGCCGCUGCCGCCAUGGAGGCCAACUGGACCGCGUUCCUGUUCCAGGCCCAUGAAGCCUCCCAUCACCAACAGCAGGCAGCACAGAACAGCUUGCUGCCCCUCCUGAGCUCUGCUGUGGAGCCCCCUGAUCAGAAGCCGUUGCUUCCAUUACCAAUAACUCAGAAACCUCAGGCACCACCAGAAACAUUAAAGGAUGCCAUUGGGAUUAAAAAAGAAAAACCUAAAACCUCCUUUGUGUGCAAUUACUGCAGUAAAGCUUUCAGGGACAGCUACCACCUGAGACGUCAUCAGUCCUGCCACACUGGGAUAAAGUUAGUGUCACGGCAAAAGAAAACCCCUACCACAGUGGUACCCCUUAUCUCCACUAUCGCCGGAGACAACAGCCGAACUUCGUUGGUCUCAACCAUUGCAGGCAUCUUGUCAACAGUUACUACAUCUUCCUCUGGCACUAACCCUAGCAGCAGUGCCAGUUCCACUGUUAUGCCAGUGACACAGACAGUCAAGAAGCCCAGUAAGCCAGUCAAGAAGAACCAUGCUUGUGAGAUGUGUGGGAAGGCCUUCCGAGAUGUCUACCACCUUAACCGGCACAAGCUCUCUCAUUCAGAUGAGAAGCCCUUUGAAUGUCCUAUUUGCAAUCAGCGCUUCAAGAGGAAGGAUCGGAUGACUUACCAUGUGAGGUCUCAUGAAGGAGGCAUCACCAAACCAUAUACUUGCAGUGUUUGUGGGAAAGGCUUCUCGAGGCCUGACCACUUAAGCUGUCAUGUAAAACAUGUCCAUUCAACAGAGAGACCCUUCAAAUGCCAAUUUUCCUCCCUCAUGCAGACAUGCACUGCUGCCUUUGCCACCAAAGACAGACUGCGGACACAUAUGGUUCGCCAUGAAGGAAAGGUAUCUUGUAAUAUCUGUGGUAAACUUCUGAGUGCAGCGUAUAUCACCAGCCACUUAAAGACACAUGGGCAGAGCCAAAGUAUCAACUGUAAUACAUGUAAACAAGGCAUCAAUAAAACAUGUAUGAAUGAAGAGACCAGCAACCAGAAGCAGCAGCAGCAGCAGCAGCAUGUGACCAGCUGGCCAGGGAAGCAGGUAGAGACACUGAGAUUGUGGGAAGAAGCUGUCAAGGCAAGAAAAAAAGAAUGUCAGUUCACCUUUGAGAAGGCUAUAGAGUACGUACCAUUCGAAGCUGCUAACCUGUGCCAAACCUCCACGGCUGCUACGACACCUGUGACUCUUACUACUCCAUUCAAUAUAACUUCCUCUGUGUCGUCUGGGACAAUGUCAAACCCAGUCACAGUGGCAGCUGCAAUGAGCAUGAGAAGUCCAGUAAAUGUUUCAAGUGCAGUUAAUAUAACCAGCCCAAUGAAUAUAGGGCACCCUGUAACUAUAACCAGUCCACUAUCCAUGACCUCUCCAUUAACACUCACCACCCCAGUCAACCUCCCCACCCCAGUCACUGCCCCCGUGAAUAUAGCACACCCAGUCACUAUUACAUCUCCAAUGAACCUACCCACACCAAUGACAUUAGCUGCCCCACUAAAUAUAGCAAUGAGACCUGUAGAGAGCAUGCCUUUCUUACCCCAAGCUUUGCCCACAUCACCACCUUGGUAAACAGUGUUAUUAAAAAAAAAGUUAAAGUAAAUAUUUACCAGCAACAUUUUUUAGUUUAUUAAAGCAAAAGUCAAACCAAGAAAUUGGAAGAUCUUAUUACACUAGUUAAUGAAAGACUAAAUAGCAUUUUUCUCCAAUUUGGGAUUUUUCAAAGUAGGGUGUGCAAAGUGAUCACUGGACCACUUCUGUUUAAGCAGGCUUUUUCCUUUAGCUCACAGCAAUGUUGAAAUGGGAUAGUAGUUGAUGAGAUGAAAUACCACAAAUAAAAUCAGACGUAUGAAGUGAAACACACAUGUGCAAAAAAGUAGCAUUAUUGUUUUUAUCCCAGAAAUUAUCCUGACUAGGAAAUCAUUUUGCUUUAAACACUAGCAGAACUCUUCCUCUCCCAAAUAGGGUGGAUGGCUGAUUUUUAACCUGCCAUUUAUGAGGGCUAGUGUAGAAUUAUCUACAUUUAAUGUUUUUAUGAGUAAAUGCAUUACAUUGUCAUAAUAAAAUGCAUUUCAGAGAAUAUGCAUUUUACCUUUGGGAAUAUGUUAAUUUCAGGCAGCAUUCCCUAUGGGAAAGGUGAUACCAGCUCUGAUAUGCAAAGCAUAUGAUAAUUUAUCAUUCUAACUUCAACAUAUAAUAGGGAUUGUGACCUGAUAUUUGGAGAUGUAAAUAUUGCUCAGCUUAUUAAUCCUGAUGGAAUAUAGCAUUGUAGUUGACUUUUUAAAAAAAGAAAAAAAGACAAAAACAAAAAUUGUGUUUGGUAAGGAAAGGCUGCUCCUGACAGAGGAGGAGACAAAAGUAUGUGGGCAGGGAGGCUCCUGGCCUACCUGGACCUCUGGGACUCUUAUUCAAGAGCCAAGGAGUACUUUGGAAUACUUAAGAAAUAUUGCUUUAAAAUUGGAAGACGCUGGAGGCACUUAGAUGUGAUGUAUAUGCCCCUCUCUCUCCCAAUCAAAACCUGUUGAUAUUGCAACAGGGACAGAUGUGUUAGUUGCUCACUAGAAGUUUUGUCUUAUAUUAAAUUGUAUACAGUUUUUAUUCUAACCACUAACUAGGUAGUAUGCCCCUUCAGGACAAGCAGAGUGUGUGUUUUUUUUUAAUUUCUCUUUCCCUAUUUUCUUAAUCAAGUGUUGUGCAGAUCUGUUGACUUUUGUAAAUAUUUACAUCAUCACUUUUUUUCCUUAAUUUUUUUUUUAAUUAAAGAAAACACUUCUAUCAACUUUGUGGUGUUUUCAGGGAGGCAGCUGUCUGAGCUCCCUGCAGAAACCCUGCAAUAAUCACACACGUUGAGACAUGUGCUUUUUGUUUCUUAGCAGAAUGUUUUUUCUGUACAUAACGUAGAAACCAAAAGCUAGGAAAACAGAUACUCUUUAGACCAUCAUGCCACACAUUAAUGUUUUAGAAACAUUGUUUAAAAGAAAAUCCAAAAUCAAGACUCUACACGAUCUUUUUUUUAAGUUGCAAUUUGUGUGUGUUUUGUUUUUUGUUUUUAAUCUUGCAGUUGAGAGAAAUGGAAAUUAGUUGUGUUAAUCUUGCAGAAUGUUUGCAGGACUAUCAAACUGGACGACUUCCGUUUGUACCCUCUGUGUCAGUCCAAACAUCAAAAUACCUUGCUUUCUGAGGCAGACUUCCUACAUCAGGGACAGGUAUCUGUGUCAUUAUACAAAACAGUUCUAGGGGGUUGAACUACAUAGUAAAAAAAAAUAAAAUAAAAUAAUAGAACUUAGUGUAAAAUAAUUUUAUAAAUGAUCUUUUGUACUUUAGGACAUUAAAUUGUACAACUUUUGUAUAUAUAAAAGCUUAGGAACUUUCUGUUUAGCAGGAAGGCAACACAUUCCUACACUUUUAAUGUAUAUGUUUGUUAUAAUGUCCAUGUAAACAUAUGCCCUAUGUUUGUGCCUUUUUAAUUAGUUUGUCUCAAUAAACAAAAUGUAGAGAAAAAUAUGUAGCUAUGACUUUGUUACAGUUGUUCUUAUCCACAGUUCAAAGAUCUGUUUGUUUUUAAUAUGUAGAGCAUUAUGUGUGGACUACUGGAAGGACUAGAGCAGGGAAGGCCCAUGUCCAGCCCUGCUGAGGUCUGGAAUGGGCUGCCCAAUGGCCACACCUGGGGAGCAAGCUCAAGUCCCAGCAUGCAGUCCUGCAGCUAGGAUCUGGCUCUGCCUGCUGGUGUCUGCCAACUUUAUGGGCAGGCCUCCCCCAGGAAAAGAGGGUUGGGGAGGGAAGCAGAAGAGGCCUCUGAAAAUUCGCGAAGCCUCAGGCUUCCUUGAGAGUGGCCUCCAGGUAGCAGUCCUCAGUUGGGAAAGGGUUGGGCUCCCCUUGGGGUAGAAUGUGGUCAUUUGAACCCUGAGAGUAUUAGUUCUUUUUUUUAAAAAAAGUGGAGAUAUUUACUAGAAAUGAUUGUUUUAUCAACUCAUUGUAUAAUAAACAGGAGUGAGACUUCA